AUAUCCUUCUUUCAUGUCCAUAUCUUCCUCAUUGAAUUCAUUAUGGCCAAACUCAUCCUGCUUUCUUUUCUUACCCUUUCUUGCCUUGUGUUGACAAGCAACGCCACCACUUACACCGUUGGUGAUACUUCCGGCUGGGACAUAAGCACCAGUCUCGAUUCAUGGACAACGGGCAAGAUAUUCAAGGUUGGAGAUGUUCUUGUGUUCCAGUAUUCAUCAUCGGACAGUGUCUGUGAGGUGACUCGAGCAAACUUUCAGACAUGCAACACCACGAACGUCCUGAGCAGGUACUCCGGUGGGAACACCACGAUUACCCUGACGCAACCCGGCACGAGAUAUUUCAUUGACGGUAACCAGCUGUACUGUAUGGGAGGAAUGAAGCUUCAGGUUAAUGUGGCAGGCGACGCGGUGCCUUCGCCAGUGGCUGCGCCUGAGCCGGCGGCCAUCCUUACGCCGAAUUCGAAGAACAGUAAUCCCACUUCGGAUGGGGGAAUUACGUUCGGAGGGUGGGGGUCUCUUGUGGCAAUCUUGGUGUGUCUGAUGGGUACCGCGAUGCAUUUGCUGUAAAUUUUGAGUGCCUUUGUUUAUAAGUGUGAUUUGGUUAAAUUAAUUAGUGUACAAGCAAAUUUGUUGAUGCCUUUGAUUUUGAGGAACAACAUAUGAUAACAUAUGAUAGGUGGUUGAAUCACCAAAUUUCUGAAAAUUUGGAACGUUGUAUUUAUCUAAUUGACAUAUUUAUCAAUUACAAAGCCACAUGUGCAUAAUAGGGUCACAGUCAUUGACUCUU